UUUCGGAGGAAGUGACGUCAGGCGCACCGUGACUUUCGUGGCGCAGAGCGGAGUGAUAUGCGAGUCAUCUACGUUUCGGCGAGGAGGUGCUCGUUACCGCAGCGUGUCCGUCGUAAUUAAGACCGGACACCGUUCGUAAUCGAGAUUGAUGACGGGGAAUCGACGCUUUCAUGCCUGAAAACCUCUUCCAUCCGCUGCGCACCGGUUGACAAUCGGGGGAAAUUGCCGAGGGGCAGCUGCUUGUUUCGCGAGGACAGAAACGGGGGAGCGAAUGGAACGCCGUUUUGCAGACGAGACCCGUCGUUUGUAGCGCGGAGCGCAGAAAGGGAUAUACAUAUGUAACAUGAAAUUGUGGAUCGUGAUAGCACACAUCACAUUGGUCGCCACUAAUCUGUGGGUCACAGCCCAUUUCCAGGAAGAAGUGCCGGAGGAUAAUGAGUUCGCGGAAUUUGAAGACUUCGAGGAGGAGAAGCCAAGCGUGUUGAUCGAACGGGUGCUGGAGUUGCCCGAGGAAGAGGAAUUGAAUCAAGACUUCGAGGAGGACAAUGUCCUGGUCACGGACGGUGACAGCGAAUUCGAUCACUUCCAAGAUGAGGAAGAAUUCGAGGGACUGGACGUUGCAGGGGGCAACGCUGGCCCAAAAAAUGACGAGCCUUCCACGUUGACCAUCACGAAGGUCCCAUUUCAUCUGCGAGAGAGAUGGGACAGUUAUUACCUGGAAAUACUAAUGAUAACUGGACUGGUGGUAUACUUUAUAAAUUACGUAGUAGGACGUAGCAAAAACGCGCAUAUAGCCGAGCAAUGGCUGGUAGAUCACAAGCAGCUGCUGCAGGAUAACUUUUCUCUCAUCGGUCACUCGAGCAAAUCGAAUGAGAACGCGAGCGACAAUGGUUUCAUAAGGCAGAGCGAAUCGCAGUACAGUCUGUACUGUUCCGGGCGUGUCGGCUGCGACUCGAUGCUCAUCGAGUUGAAAUUAAUAAAGAGGCAAGACUUGGUCGCCGUAUUAGCUCAACUGGUGCGUCCGCAAAACGAUCAGGUUCACAUAGAGGUGGAGCUCUCGAAAGACGAGGUGGAUAAUUUCGUUUUGGCAGUUGCCACCAAGCGGCUGGCGAUGCAUUUAGUGCGCGACAUGGCUGACAUUAGCGUGUACUGUCCGGAGAAACGGUCCGGAGAGAAGUUCGGGCUUCCAUCAGGCUUUUACGUAAUGUCCGAGAUUCCAGAAGCAACGGCAGCUAUCUUGGACACCAGGGUUCAGCAAGCCUUCUCAAAGUUUGCGUCUUACAUAGAGUACAUUCACAUUAGCGAUCAAUUCAGUGGGCGCAAACCGCAGGAAGAUACCACUCAGUUAACAAUGCCCGAAGUCAAAAGAGUAUUGUUGAUGAGUCUGAAUAUAAGUCUUAAGGGUCGCGCGAGUACUCUAGAGACUCAAGAAAAACUCAAACCUUUACUUCAACUUGCUUUCUAUUUAAUCGACAAGCUGCGACGUUUCAAGUUAUCCAAAGAGGGUAAAAAUAAAGCGGAUAAAAAUCGAUUGAAAGUGGAGGAAGCCUUCUUGAAAACGACGCACGCCGCGAGGGCCGAAGCUGCGGCGCAAAGACGAGAGGAGCGUCGGAGGGCCGAGCAGGAAAGGAUCCUCCAAGAGGAGGAUCCCGAUAAACAGCGGAAGUGGGAGGAAAAAGAGCAACGAAGAUUGGCCAAGAAACGCGCCCCCAGAAUGAAGCAACUCAAGGUGAAAGCUUUGUGAUACAAUCAGAAUUAACGAGCGAGUUGCGUACUUUGCGGAAUAAAUCUAGAACCGUACUCGGGAAGGAAAAUUCGUAAGGAAUUACAUUGGAAAAUGUACUUCGUUAAAAUUGUCGAAAUAUGUCUAACUUACGUCUUCAUUGAGAUUCAUAUAUUCACUCAGUGUUCUCAUACGAAGUAUCGAACUUAUUAAAGAAAGUACAAACGACUGUGAAAAAAAAACAAGUAUCCUGCGAAUUGUAAGUUUGUUGUGUGACGUAUAUUUUAUUUGCCCUACACACUGCCAGCUUACAUACUUAAAUAUCAUAGAGAUAUAUGAUAUUCCCUGUUGAAACAAGAAUAAUAAAAUUUAGCGUAUACUA